AUGGCCUCGACCGGAGUUAAUGUCCUGCGGUGGUCCGCCCUUGCUGUGGGCGUGUUCUACGGUUUCUCCCACCAGCGAUCGAUAACGGCCGCUCAGAGGGCCCAGCACGAUCAGCACGAGUACCAAGAGAAGCAGAAGAAGAUCGACCAGGCCAAGGCCGAGUAUGCCAAACAGAAGAACCCCGCACCAGCCUCAUCAAGUGACGGUAUGUCAGCUCUCGUUCUGGAGAGCCCCUCGCCUGGGUUCCAUUUGAGCGCCUCGAGGGCUCAAUUCGAAGUGGCCAGAGAGAACACGACUGAUAGCAGGAUAUUAGUGAUCACCGACCCUACCGACCCCAAGUUCGAUCUCGAGAAGCUCCUCCUCAAGGUAUCCGAGCAGAAGGCAUAG